GUUUAGGUGGCAGGCAGCAGGCGAGGAUGAAAUGGCAAGCUGGCUUCUCGGUGUUGUUUAAGACCUCAAAUUAUCUCCACCUCCCCCAAUCGCCACCAUACAAUUGGGAACUGGAAAAAAUCUCCAUUUCACAUUUGGAUGGGUAUUGUAUACACAUUUUCUUUCAUAUUUUCGCUUAUGCUUUUAAGGGAACAAGUUUUAUUAAUGUCUAAUCCAUCCAAGCAAAAUUUUGGAUUUUGUUCUUUCUCUUUAUGUCGACGGGUGUGAUGUUCUAUGCUCUUAGCAAUUUUCAAGGGAAGAAAACCCAAGAACAGUUCGUCAGUCUAUGCUCUUCUUCUUAAUUCAAGUAAAGGAUGCCAAAGAAAUGAACAUACACAGGAUGAAGCCGAAACGUUGAUGAAAAAGGUGAAACUGCUUAAUAUUGAAAAGAUAUCAUUGACUCACAAGUCCGAGCAAAUCAACUUGUUGAUGAUGGCACAAGAUAAAAAGAUGGCAUUGUGUGAAACAUAUGGCUCCUUUUUAAUUGCAAAUGCUGAUGUUGAGAGGACUCAGUCUUAUGUCACUAGCAAGCAGCAUGUUGGUUAUGGCAUGGUUCGAGAUUUCCUGUCUGAAUACAAGGCUACACGAGAGAAGGCAAGGGAAGAGGAAAGAUUAGCAAAAGAGAAGGAAGCACAAGAAAGAAGAAAACAAAAGGAGAAAAAAUAUGACAGGAUGUUUUGUCCAUCAGAGUAUUUCUGGUUUUGCAUAUGCCUAGAAUGCAAACUUUAACAACAAUGUAGCUUUGACAUUGAAAUGAAUGUUCUACUUUAAACGUUCAAUCUAUGUUUUGAGAUUUACACUACCGUUUAUGGAUUUAGUGAAUUUGAAUCGGAAUUUCUGUAAUAUAAUUUAAAUAGAAUUUCUAAAUUAUAAUUGAUUUGGA